AACGGUUUGCGUGCGAGGUCCUGUUCCGCGCUGCUAUACCUGUCGUCGCUUCUCUGAAAGUUUCAGGAUGGAUCCUCGAAUUUUGAUGUUCCUGGUGGCUAAUCUGGUGCUGGUUGCCGGGGAGAUGGUGCGCUACGACGGCUACCGAGUCUACCGCCUGGUGCCAGCGGAUCAGGACCAGUUGGAGUUCCUUAGAGGACUCGUCAAGUAUCAUCCCGACAUUCGCUUCUGGAAGGAUGCCAGAGCCGUCAACGUGGCAGCGGAUGUCAUGGUGGCGCCAAAGAUGCAAAACAGCUUCAUGACAUGGCUUCAAGCGAAUUCUAUCGAGGCGCCCGUCCUCAUUUACAACGUGCAGGAACUGAUAGACAACCAGAGGCGAGAAAAAGCUACGAGAGAGGACUUUGCCUUAGAUGAAUAUCACACCAUUGAGGAGAUCUACGCAUGGUUGCCAUCACUAGAGGAGAAGUACCCUGGCACUGCGAGGUUUAUUGAACUUGGGACAGCAUACAAUGGUCGACAAUUAGGUCUCGAGAUCAAAUUUGCAGAGGACAACAGGCUAGUAAUGCUUGAGGGAGGUAUGCACGGCAAUGAGUGGAUCGCCACCGCCUGCAUGAACUGGUUCAUCAACGAGAUCUUAACCACAGACGACUCAGACGUCAGGGACGUCAUCACCCGUGUCACGUUCAACAUCUUGCCCUCCAGCAAUCCUGAUGGGUACAACUAUACCUGGACGACAGAUCGUCUAUGGAGAAAGAACAUUCAGCCCUAUCAGAACUGUACAGGUGUCGACCUGAACCUCAACUACGACUUCAAUUUUACAGGUUUCGGCACCAGCGAGGACUUCUGUGCAGACAACUACCCUGGACCGGUGCCCUUCUCCGAGUACGAGGCGGCGACGUUCUCGGGUAUGCUGUCGGAUAACGAAACAGAGACACUGUUGUUGUAUGGCAGCUUUCACGCGUACGGCCAGAGGAUCAUGUUUCCUUACGGCGUCCCUGGCAACGUGGCCUCCAAUUACGAUGAGCUGCUCGAAAUGACUCAGAGAGCCAGCAAAGCUCUAGCAGCCAGAUAUGGCACAACCUAUACCGUCGGUAGCGUGCUGGAUCUUCUGUCUCCAGCAUCGGGGUCUAGCAUCGACUGGAUGCAGGGCGUGGUCGGUCACGAGUACAAUAUUGCGUGGGAGCUGAGGGACGAGGGCCAGUAUGGCUACCUGCUGCCUGAGGACCAGAUCGUCCCCACUUGCCAGGAGGCGUUCGACAGCUUGGUCUCCAUCCUCCGGGAUUUGCUCCAAGACGACAAAAUGCCAAAGAAGCACUAGGCCUAGUCACAGCACUAGGCCAACACUACAGUGUGGUGCACGGAGCAUCACUCAUUUCUUUAUGAACGACUUCGUUUUGUACACGGCCAGUAGAGAAUUCAUGCAAAAGUAUUUACUACAUCUAUUCAUCUAUUGAAUAUAAGUGUCCCAGUCAGAACUGCAUAACUAGAUGCAGCACAUUUGAUGUUUACAAAUGAGUUCCAGUUUGAACAGAUUUAUCUCCAUAAGAAAACGGAACCUUACGGAAAGAAUAUAUA